CUACGCAUGCGUGUACAUACGGCUUGUCAAUAGAGAAGACAUGGCGGCGUCCCUGUUCUACGGCCGACUCACGGCCACUCUUAAAAACUGCUGUGGCAGAAGCUCCAUUACCUCCUCCUCAAAGCAGGUUCUUGGUGGAUCUUCCCUUUUCAGAGGACUGGUGUCUCCUCAACUGCAGCAACAGCAGCAGAGAAACCUGUCUCUCCAUGAAUACAUGAGCAUUGGGCUCCUAAAGGAGGCUGGAGUCAUGGUGCCUGCAGGAAUGGUGGCCAGCUCGCCAGAUGAAGCGUACAGCGUGGCCAAACAAAUUGGUACUAAAGACCUGGUGGUUAAAGCUCAGGUUCUCGCAGGAGGCAGAGGAAAGGGGACAUUUGAGGGAGGACUGAAGGGCGGCGUCCGAAUUGUUUACUCUCCAGAGGAAGCACGGGACAUCUCAUCUCAGAUGAUUGGCAGGAAGUUGUACACCAAACAGACAGGGGAGGCAGGUCGUAUUUGUAACCAGGUCUUCAUCUGUGAGCGCAGGUAUCCGCGCAGAGAGUAUUACUUUGCCAUCACCAUGGAAAGGUCCUUUCAGGGCCCCGUUCUGAUUGGCAGCUCACAAGGCGGAGUCAACAUCGAGGAUGUCGCCGCGGAGAAUCCAGACGCCAUUGUAAAGGAGCCAAUUGACAUUGUGACGGGUAUUAAGAUGGAGCAGGCGGUGAAGGUAGCAGAGAAGAUGGGCUUCCCCGAGGCUCUGAUAAAUGAAGCAGCGGAAAACAUGAUCAAACUGUAUAAUCUGUUCAUCCAGUAUGACGCUUCAAUGCUGGAGAUCAACCCCAUGGUGGAGGACUCUUCUGGCAUUGUGAUGUGCAUGGACGCUAAGAUCAACUUUGAUUCCAACGCUGUGUAUCGUCAGAAGAAGGUUUUUGACAUGCAGGACUGGACUCAAGAAGACCCACGCGAUCGGCAGGCUGCUAAAGCGGACCUCAACUACAUUGGUCUGGACGGAACAAUCGGCUGCUUGGUAAACGGAGCAGGUCUGGCCAUGGCCACCAUGGACAUUAUCAAGCUCCACGGUGGAACGCCGGCCAACUUCCUAGACGUGGGGGGUGGUGCCACAGCUCAUCAGGUGACUGAGGCCUUCAAGCUCAUCACCUCUGACAGAAAGGUUCAGGCUAUCCUUGUCAACAUCUUUGGAGGCAUCAUGAGGUGUGAUGUCAUUGCUCAGGGCAUCAUCAUGGCUGUAAGGGACCUGGACCUAAAGAUUCCCAUUGUGGUUCGGUUACAAGGAACCAGAGUUGAUGAUGCUAAAGCUCUAAUUGCAGCCAGUCCCCUGAAGAUUCUGGCUUGUGAUGACUUGGAUGAAGCUGCUAAAAUGGUGGUGAAACUGUCUGAAAUUGUGUCUCUGGCUAAAGAAGCUCAAGUGGACAUCACCUUCCAACUGCCCAUUUAACCGAGCUGCGACAUCUGACCUACCUCUGCUCUGCCUCUGUCACUCCAUUAUUGUUCCGACUACAGGAGAAAGAGCGUCACUGCGCUUAAAAUAUUUUCUGCCUUUCUCUCGCACAAGCUCCUAGUAAGUGGGUAUGCUCAAAAACCCCUGCUUCCCACAUGUGACUCCUCUUAUCCAACACAGACAGACACUCACAUCCGCCUGUUCAUUUUAUAAACACAGAGAAACCGAAGAGACAGGAAAAGGACAGGAACUGUUACAUCAUUUAUGUUUGUUUGGAAUUCAGUGCACAUUUAGGUGCAUGCACGUCUGAAGAAAACGGUAAUAAAUACUGAUUUAUGUCCUUCACAUUUUGCAGUACUUUCUUGUUUGAAAAACAAAACUAUCUACACGAAAGAUUCUGAGCUUUAUUGGCUUCCAAAGACUAAAACAAAAAUGAUCAUUUUCUUCUAUAUCUCAGUAAAGCCUCGAGCUACAGUACCACUGCUGCCCAGCAGAGUAGGUUACAAAACAACUUUGACCCCAUAAGAAUCAAGAAACACCGUAAAUGUUUUAUAAAAAAAAAAAAAGCUAACAUCAGUUGGCUUCAAGAUAAAUAUUGUGAUAUGAAAUGUGAAACUUUACAGUUUUAGACACAACAUCCUUUGCGUACAGUGUUUGUUGAGUUUUGUUUUUCAAUUAAUAGUGACACAAUAAUGCUCACUGACGAAAAGGAAGGUAUCAUAGAUGUGGAUCUUCAAAGCAAAAGAAAACACUGGAAUUCGAUUGUUCGUCUGGUUUUAUCAUGUCCUACUGUCACUGUGAUACGAACUAGACCAUUUUCUCAACUUAGUUAUGAGGUUCUGUCUAGGGAUGUCCGAUAAUAUCGACCAACCAAUAUAAUCUGCACGAUAUUAGCAUAAUUAUGUAAUAUCUCGACGAAUCGUUAUCCUUUUUUUUUUUUCCUACGAUAAUAAAAACCUGAUAACGCAAUGCCUGGGUUUUGGCAAAUAUGCUGGAAUUGCUUUUAGGGUGCUGAGAUUUUGGGAGCAAACGGCUGCACAUCGGUAUCGGGUGAUAUCGAAAUCGCGGAAUGUUUGGACAAUAUCGGAUAUCGGCAAAAAGUUAAUAUUGGACAUCCCUAGUUCUGUCUAAUGUCAGGGUGGUCUCCACGUCCUGAGGAAUAUUCCAUCAGAGGAGUGGAUCCUCCUCAUGUUGACUUUUAUUUAUCUUGUAAAUAUCCAAAGUGAUUUCUGGUUCUGUAUUAUAUAUAUAGUUCUGACAGAGAAAGACACAAAUAAAUACAGAGAAGUAUGA